GCGAGUCAGUGAGAUCAAGGAUGAUUCCUCUAUGGUGAGAUAUAGGGAGAGAGGACCACAUGCACUGUCUGGCUUCCAGCUGCGCGAGUGGGUCCAUCAAAAACGAGGUAAAAAAUCAACAAACUCCAAACUUGAGCCAAGAAACAAACAAAUGUGCGGAUUGUGUUUUUUGGGUCAUAAAAUAAGAUAUGAACUGGCGUACGUGGUGUUAGCAAUAUAGUAAUUUUGUUUUAGCAUAUGGGGCAUUCGGCCUUCCCAUAAUCCUAUGUUAUAUGGCUUUAUUCAUUUGCCGAAUGGAUGAUUCACGAGUUACGUAAUACCGUCCUCUCAUGCAAGGUUGUCUGCGUAGUAAUACCACGGAGCUACCUUUUUAAUACCAUAGAGCUUGCUCUAUGGUAAUACCUGGCAUCAGCAAGGCUAUGCAUAAUUGAAGUCCUCUCAGCCGAUUUGGCACAUUGAACAGUACAUGUAUAAUCACGGGUAUCCGACGUCCUUUCUCAGACUUCAGUGAUCGAGGCCAUGCAGGACUAUAUCGAGACAAUGUCCUCUGAUGAACCAGCUUUACACAGUUAUCGAUAUUUGCCUGUAUACAUAACAAAAAAGCCAGUACAAUGGACAUAAAGAUAGCAUAGAACCUAUUGGGUAAAGGUCCACAAGGUGUGCAUUUUAGGUACAGUGGCUGUUAAAAAAAAUACACAGCUAAACGGACCCUGCGAUUAUUACGCGUUCGUGUUGCGGACGUGACAGUAUUCAGAUUUUUCAUCCAGGAUACUUAAGCCGCGCCCUACGUCCGUAGCUAUCAUGGGCAUCUUUGAAAGACGUGCCUCCAACAAGCAGUCUGGAUUCUGGACGUCUGCUGCAUCAGUGCUAUUCAUCACAUGGAUUCUAGUCGUAGCGUACUACAUGAACAACCCCACGCCGGAUGGGCUCUGCGACCCCUGGAAAUACAGAGCCUUUGCCGCCGGAAAGCGAAUUGCAAGCGACGUGGCAUACGCCGCGUCUCUCUUCACAUCUUUGCACUCCAUUCAAAUUUUCCGAUCCUUCGUCGACCUUGCCGCUCUCAUGAGAACCCCGCACCCGGAAGUACAGGGCUCCAACAUCCGGUCCUCGGUCACAACCUUUGACGGAGUCAAAGUUCGCCUGUACGAGCUAAUCACGAGGAAGGCUGGUCUUGGGCCAGCGAUCGUAUUUAUGCACGGUGGCGCUUUUGUCAUUGGAAGUACUGCUAUGUUUGACAAAUUGACGAGGCGUUUUGCUGAGGAGUUGGACUGUGUGGUGGUAUCCAUCGAAUACCGACUUGCUCCAGAGCACCCCUUCCCGGCUGCCUACGAAGAUUGCCUCAAUGCGACCAAAUGGUUCAUGGACCACGCUCAGGACUACCACGUGGACCGUUCGCGAAUCGGUGUGGCUGGGGACAGCGCUGGAGGCGCGCUGGCGGCAGCCGUGUCUCAGAUUCUACACGACGAGCCAGGUUAUCCCGACGUGGCGCUCCAGGCUCUCAUCUAUCCAAUCACCCAGUUUAUCGACAAUCACACUCCUGCCACCUUUCUCUCAAUCUCACACUUCGGGGAAGGAGGGUCAAUCGUGACUUGGCAAGAGGCGGGAGAAUUCACCUGUUUCUACCUGCUGGGGAGGUUGGAUGAUCGCGUGGUUCGCGCGCUUAUUGACAACACCCACACCUCUGUGGAGUUUCGUAGAGAUUCGCCACUCGCUCAGUACGUCAACCACACCUUGCUACCUCCUCACAUGCAAGACUAUGGUCAUCUUACCCCUCCUCAUCGCAAGGAGCUAAAGGGGGAUGACAUCGUCUGGGACCAAAUCGAUGAGAUUGUCUUAGAUCCGCGCGCCAGCCCGUUACUGCGGCGAAACAUGACCGGCCUGCCGCCCACCUUCGUGGCCACGUGCGAGUUCGACCCACUGAGGGACCACGGCGCGUUCUACGCGCUGCGUCUCAAGGACGCGCGCGUGCCGGUCACGUGGGAACAUUACCGCGGUGGUUUCCAUGGUGUGUUGGGACCAGCCUGGCCGCUGGUAUUUGAGGUCGGGGAAAAGAUGUUCCAGGAUUUGAUCGAGUUUGCAAGGGAGCAUCUUGCAAUCUAAGGAAAAAAAACUGUGGCACUGGUUAAGACCUGCAUUCAGGUCAAACAGCAAAUAAUUUUUGAAAACAAAUGCCAAUUUUUGGAAAGUUUUUUCAGAUUUUUAGACAAUUACAGUUUCAGGUGGGGUAUGAUGG